AUGCCCCCCUCCCCCUGCGCCCGCUGCCACGACCAACGGGCAGUUAUCAUACGGCCCAAGAACCGGCAAAAGCUCUGCCGCACCUGCUUCCUGCACGUCUUCGAGACCGAAGUCCACGAAACCAUCACCUCGACCUCUCUCUUCCACCCCGGCGAACGAGUCGCCAUCGGCGCCAGCGGCGGCAAAGACAGCACCGUCCUGGCCGCCGUCCUCAAGACCCUCAACGAACGCUACAACUAUGGACUCGACCUAUGCCUCCUCUCCAUCGACGAAGGCAUCAAGGGUUACCGCGACGACAGUCUCGAGACCGUGAAACGCAACGCCCAACAAUACAACAUGCCGCUCGUAAUCGUCAGCUACGGCGACCUGUACGGCUGGACAAUGGACCAGGUGGUGGCGCAGGUCGGCAAAAAGGGCAACUGCACAUACUGCGGGGUAUUUCGGCGGCAGGCGCUGGAUCGCGGGGCCGCGAAACUGGGCAUUAAGCAUGUGGUGACGGGUCAUAAUGCGGAUGAUGUGGCGGAGACAGUGAUGAUGAAUUUGCUGAGAGGGGAUUUGCCGCGCUUGUCGCGGGGCACGAGUAUUGUGACGGGGUCCGCCGCCAGUGAUAUUAAGAGGAGUAAGCCGUUGAAGUAUGCUUAUGAGAAGGAGAUCGUGCUGUAUGCGCAUCAUCGCCAGUUGGAUUAUUUCUCUACGGAGUGUAUCUAUUCGCCUGAGGCGUUUCGGGGUAGUGCGAGGACGUUGAUUAAGGAUUUGGAGAAGAUUAGGCCGUCGUCGAUUUUGGAUAUUGUUAAGUCUGGGGAGGAUAUGGCGCUUCUGAAGAAGGUCAAGUCGCAGGUACUGGGGACGUGUGAGCGCUGCGGUUAUAUCUCCAGUCAGCGCGUGUGCAAGGCAUGUACGCUUCUGGAGGGAUUGAAUAAGAAUCGGCCCAAGACGGCGAUUGAGAUGGAGAUUGGUUUGGAAGAUGAGGAGAGCAGCUCGACGUUGCGCAGGCAGAUGGAGAAGGUUGAGCUGGGGGGUGUUUGA